CUCUUCUGCCCUCGGAGCUCGCUGACCGUGCCAGCCCGCAGGCCAUGGAGAAUGAGCUGCCAGUCCCCCAUACGUCCAGCAGUGCCAGUGUCGCCAGCAGUGCCAGCAGCGGCUGCAGCAGUGGCAGCAGUGGUGGGAGUGGCCGCCCUGCCGGGCCCCAGAUUUCUGUGUACAGCGGCAUUCCUGACCGGCAGACCGUGCAGGUGAUCCAGCAGGCGCUGCACAGGCAGCCCAGCACGGCGGCUCAGUACCUGCAGCAGAUGUACGCGGCCCAGCAGCAGCACCUCAUGCUGCAGACGGCAGCGCUCCAGCAGCAGCACCUCAGCAGCGCCCAGCUCCAGAGCCUGGCGGCCGUGCAGCAGGCAAGCCUGGUGGCCAACAGACAAGGGAGCACUUCAGGCAGCAAUGUGUCUGCACAGGCCCCAGCCCAGUCAUCCUCGAUCAAUCUGGCAGCCUCCCCAGCAGCGGCCCAGCUCAUCAACCGGGCACAGAGUGUCAACUCAGCGACAGCCUCAGGCAUCGCCCAGCAGGCCGUGCUCUUGGGUAACACGUCUUCUCCGGCCCUGACUGCAAGCCAAGCGCAGAUGUAUCUAAGGGCACAGAUGCUCAUCUUCACGCCCACGGCCACCGUCGCUACUGUGCAGCCUGAGCUCGGCACUGGCUCCCCCGCCCGGCCCCCCACCCCCGCCCAGGUACAGAACUUGACCCUCCGAACACAGCAGACACCAGCUGCAGCAGCCUCGGGCCCUACCCCCACUCAGCCUGUCCUGCCCAGCUUGGCCCUGAAACCCACGCCAGGUGGUAGCCAGCCUCUGCCUACCCCGUCACAAGGCAGAAACACCGCUCAGGGUUCCCCCGCAGGUGCCAAGCCUGGCAUAAGUGACAGUGUGAUGGAGCCACUCAAGAAAGGAGAUGGUAACAACGGUGUGCCAGGGAGCAUGGAGGGCCGGGCUGGGCUCAGUCGGAUGGUGCCCGCUGUGGCUACCCACCCCCUCGUCGCACCAGCCUACGCUCAGCUGCAGCCCCACCAGCUUCUCUCGCAGCCGUCCUCCAAGCACCUGCAGCCCCAGUUUGUGCUCCAGCAGCAGCCACAGCAACCAGCGCCACAGCAGCAGCAGUCACGGCUCCAAGCCCAGCCCCAGCCCCAGCUCGCCUCGGUCCCCCCCAGCCUGGCCCCGCAGUCCAGCCCCGAAGCCCAUGCCAUGCCACUAGGCCCAGUCACACCCGCCCUGCCGCUGCAGUGCCCCACGGCCAAUCUGCACAAGCCUGGCAGCGCUCAGCAGUGUCACCCUCCCACGCCAGAAGCUGGGCCUCACAAUGGAUACCCUGAAGGCCUGGCCCACACCCCUCGCAGGCUCCAGCAUGCUUCGGCUGUCAUCUUACAACUGCAGCCCGCUUCACCAGUGCCCCAGCAGUGCACCGUGGAUGACUGGAAGGAGGCGGUACCUGGGGAGAAGAGUGUGCCUGAGACUCGCGCUGGCCCAUCACCACAUCCCCAGGCGAUCAUCACGGCCAUGCCUGCAGGCCUGCCUGCCCCCAAGAGCCCUAGUGUCCAGCAGUCCCCAGCUCACGAGACAGGGCAGGGCAUUGUUCAUGCACUGACCGACCUCAGCAGCCCCGGCAUGACCUCAGGGAACGGAAAUUCUGCCUCCAGCAUCACCGGCACUGCCCCCCAGAAUGGUGAGAAUAAACCACCACAGGCCAUUGUGAAACCCCAAAUCCUGACGCAUGUUAUCGAAGGGUUUGUGAUCCAGGAGGGGGCGGAGCCUUUCCCGGUGGGACGCUCGUCCCUGCUGGUGGGGAAUCUCAAGAAGAAGUAUGCACAGGGGUUCUUGCCUGAGAAACUUCCACAGCAGGAUCACACCACCACCACUGACUCUGAGAUGGAGGAGCCCUAUCUGCAAGAAUCCAAAGAGGAGGGUACUCCCCUCAAACUCAAGUGUGAACUCUGUGGCCGGGUGGACUUUGCCUACAAGUUCAAGCGUUCCAAGCGCUUCUGUUCCAUGGCAUGUGCAAAGAGGUACAACGUGGGGUGCACCAAACGAGUGGGGCUUUUCCACUCGGACCGGAGCAAGCUUCAGAAGGCAGGAGCCACGACCCACAACCGCCGCCGGGCCAGCAAAGCCAGUCUGCCACCACUUACCAAGGAUACCAAGAAGCAGCCAACAGGCACCGUGCCCCUCUCGGUCACGGCCGCGUUGCAGCUGACACACAGCCAGGAAGACUCCAGCCGUUGCUCGGAUAACUCAAGCUAUGAGGAGCCCCUGUCACCCAUCUCAGCCAGUUCGUCCACCUCCCGCCGGCGACAAGGCCAGCGGGACCUGGAGCUCCCUGACAUGCACAUGCGGGACCUGGUGGGCAUGGGGCACCACUUCCUACCAAGCGAGCCCACCAAAUGGAAUGUAGAAGAUGUCUACGAGUUCAUCCGCUCCCUGCCAGGCUGCCAGGAGAUCGCAGAGGAGUUCCGCGCCCAGGAGAUCGACGGGCAAGCCCUGCUGCUGCUCAAGGAGGACCAUCUGAUGAGCGCCAUGAACAUCAAGCUGGGGCCGGCCCUGAAGAUCUACGCACGCAUCAGCAUGCUCAAGGACUCGUAGGGCCGGCCGGAGAGCCAGGGGUCUGGCCCGGGCUCCUCCUCCCGACUGAGCAGAGCCAGGCGGACGUUCCUGAGGGGCCCAGAAACGGGGCCAGUCGGAGGGAAGGGCUCUCCCUGUGGGGCGUGGCUGGUGAGGAGGGCUUGGCACCCCCUCAAUGGCUCUCAGGGGCCUUUCUUUCUGUGGGAGGGGCAGAGAGGUAGGUGGCGCAGAAGAUGGGGCUUUAUGCUUGUAAAUAUUGAUAGCACUGGCUUCCUCCAAAGUCCCAAUACUCUAGCCCCGCUCUCUUCCUCUCUUUCUGUCCCCCAUUUUCCAGGGGGCAUAUGGUCAGGGCUCCCCAACCUGAGUUGGGUUACUUCCAAGGGCAGCCGUCAGGCCUGGAUAGAGGCCUCGCGAGCCCUUGCCUGCCUUCCUCCCGCUUCUUUCUCCAGGCCUGGCUAACUCUUCCGUUGCCAGCUUCUCCCCCUUCAGCCCGUUUCUGAAGCAGCCAGGGGCUCUCCCCCUUCACCCUCUGCAGGUGGAGCGAGAGAAGCUGGGCCCGGUUCGGCCACGCCCACUGGCACAGACGCCUUAACGCUGUGUGUGUGACUGGAUGACUGUGUAGGAGCCUGGACUGACAGAUGGGCCCAGAGCCACCCUCUGGCACCUCCAGGUGUUCUGUAGCAAACAGCCACUUAGUGCUUUGUCCUGGACUCCACUCAGCCUCAGGAUGGGGAAUAGAAAAGGAGGGCAGCCUCUGUGCAGAGAGGCGAGAUCAGGCGGUUUUCCUUUCCAGAGUGGGCACGCUGUCUCCGAAGCCCUUCCCACACUGUGAAGUCCCCCCGACUGCCCUGCUGUGCCACGAACAGCAUUAAGGGAGCUGCUGUAGGCCGGGCGGGGCCUCCUGGCCUGUCCGCCCGCCCGCCCCAGGAGCCCCUGAGUGGGGGCCCAGAGAACGCCUGAGGGCAGAGAAGAGCCAGGGUGGCGUUGCCACGAAGAAGGCAGCCUUGGGCCUCCAGCUCCCACACUUGUUUGCCUCUCGAACUUGCUAGCAGUUUGAGCUACCUGCGGAGGAGGCGGGGCAGGAAGGGCGAGGGCCUGCCUCUGACUUGCCCUGUCCUCGGAGGCUCCUGGGGGAGGAGCGGGGCUCUCCCUGGGAACAGGGUGGGCACCUUUCUCAGCUUGUUCUAUUCCCCACACACACCCCCAGGCAGGGUUGGAAAUGAAGGACUUUUUUAACCUUUUGUUUUCGUUUUUUAAAAAUAAAUCUGUAAAAUCUG